AUGAUGUCAACACCAUGGUGGUGGAGCCUCAGCAAUCCGUCCGACAACGACCAGGUGGGCGGCGUCACCGGACCCGGCACUGAGGAAAGUGACGCCAAGAGCAACGUGUGCGAGUUCUGCAACAAGGCAUACCCGACGCGCGCCAAGCUGAAUGAAGCACGUGCGCGCGCACACGGCCGAGCGCAAGUUCCAGUGUGUCGAGUGCGGCAAGCUGUUCCGUGCUCAGGAUCAGCUGGCCGUGGCACGCCAAGUUCCAUAGCGGCGAGCGGGGCGCACGUGUGCGACUACUGUGGCAAGGGAUUCGUGCAAGUGGGUGAUCUCAACAAGCACCACCGUAUUCACUCUGGUGAAAAGCCCUUCUCGUGUUUGGAGUGCGGCAAAUGCUUCAAGCGCUCUGACGAGUUGAAGAACCACCAGCGCUUCCACACGGGUGAGCGGCCGUACAACUGCGAGUUCUGCGGCAAGAUGUUCACACAGAGCGGCGACCUGCGGCGGCACCGGCGUAUCCACACGGGCGAAGAGCCCUACUCGUGCGAGUUCUGCGGCGUCCGGUUCCGGCGAACGGACCAGCUGCGGGCGCACGUGGGCAUCCACACGGGCGAGAAGGGCCACAUGUGCAGCCUGUGUGGCCGCGGCUUCUCCUCGUCCGAGCUUCUGGCCAAGCACACCGUCUCGCACACGGGCGUGCGGCCACACGCCUGCCCGCACGCCGGCUGCGCCAAGUCCUUCUUCCAGGCGGAAGAUCUGGCCAAGCACAGUCUGGUGCACAGCGGCGUGAAGCCGCACGCCUGCGAGUUCUGCACCAAGCGCUUCGUGCGCGAGGACUCGCUCAAGGUGCACCGGCGCGUGCACACGGGCGAGCGGCCGUUCUGCUGCGAGGACUGCGGCCGCAUGUUCAUCUCGCAGAGCUACCUGAACUCGCACCGACGCAUCAUGCACACCAACGAGAAGCCGCACCGCUGCCAGACGUGCGGCAAGUGCUUCCUCACGCGGACCUUGCUCACCGUGCACACGCGCUACCACACGGGCGAGCGGCCGUACCAGUGCGACCAGUGCAGCAAGUCCUACAUCCAGCAGGGCGACCUGCAGAACCACCUGCGCACGCACACCGGCGAGCGGCCGUACGUCUGCAAGGAGUGCGGCAAGGCGUUCGCCUCGCGCUCCCAGAUGGGCGCGCACGGUCGGCGCGUGCACGGCGGCGCGCGGGCUUUCGCCUGCGAACAGUGCGGCAAGGAGUUCGGCCAGGCGCACGAGCUGCGCGCGCAUGAGCGGCAGCACGCGGACGUAGCGCGACCGUUCGGCUGCGCGUUGUGCGGCAAGACGUUCGCGCAGCAGGGCUUCCUGCGCAAGCACCAGCUGACACACGGCGAGCAGCCGGCGCCGGCCGUCGAGCCGAUGGUGGAGCUGUUCGUGAUGGACCUGCCGCCGGUGGCCGAGGCGGUGAUGUUUUCCGUGACGCGCGUCGCGGAGUGUGGUGAACGGGCGGACGUGCAGCUGGUUCAUUUCGUCAUCCCGGACGGUGUGCGUCCGAUUGACACUUGCUGCUCCAAACACGACAACGAAGACGACGACGACGACGACAACGACGAUGACGAGAGCGUGGAGGAAGAGGACGAUGAUGUGUACGAGACAAGAUGA